GCGAGCGGCGCUGCCUCUCCCGCCGGAUCCUCUGCGCAAUUCGCAUCAUCUUCUGGUCCAGGACCCGAGGAAAGAUUUACGCGCGGCAAAUCACGGGGCUGCCCGGGACGUCUGGCGAGCCCUGCUUGGAAAACAUAAUGAUACAACAAGGUUGAAGGCUGGGCUGGGGAAAGUCCUCCUUUGCAUCAAAUCGGACACAACAGCGACAUUGCCACCAGUCUGCGGCGCGUUCCCUUGCCAUGGCUAAGAGCGCAGAGGUAAAACUAGCCAUCUUUGGACGAGCUGGAGUAGGAAAAUCAGCUCUCGUUGUACGUUUUCUGACCAAACGAUUCAUAUGGGAGUAUGAUCCCACUCUUGAGUCCACUUAUCGUCACCAAGCCACCAUUGAUGAUGAAGUUGUUUCCAUGGAAAUACUAGAUACAGCUGGGCAGGAGGAUGUUAUUCAGAAGGAAGGACACGUACGAUGGGGUGAAGGAUUCGUGCUGGUGUAUGAUAUCACAGAUAGAGGCAGCUUUGAAGAAGUCCUUCCCCUAAAGAACUUGUUGGAUGAAGUCAAAAAACCCAAGAACGUUACUUUGAUCCUAGUGGGGAACAAAGCAGACUUGGAUCACUCCAGGCAGGUCAGCACUGAAGAAGGGGAGAAGCUGGCCACGGAACUAGCUUGCGCCUUUUAUGAAUGCUCUGCGUGUACAGGAGAAGGCAACAUUAUGGAAGCUUUUUACGAGCUUUGCCGGGAAGUGCGACGCCGGAAAAUGGUUCAAGGCAAGACUCGGAGGCGAAGUUCCACUACUCAUGUGAAGCAAGCAAUUAACAAGAUGCUUACCAAAAUCAGCAGCUAAAAUAUCUUCUUGUUUCCUUUCAAAAGAAGUGCAUUUUGCAAGAAAAGGGGACAGAAGGCUUAACUGUGUUUGUCAAUAGGAUGGUCAAAGCUUUGCAUUUAUUAUUAUUAUUACUAUUGUACAAUCACCUCAUUAUUCUUGAAGUUUAAGAGAUGCAAAAAAAAAGUUUCAGGAAUGGUAAUAAAUGCUCUACUUUGGUUUUGUUGAUCACCAAAUCAUAACUUCAUAAAAAAUGUUGAAGAUGUGUCAGAAUGGAUUCAGGAAUUUACCCAUCACUGUUGGUUUUGCAUGCUCACAUGUGGUUAAUACAUGGUGGCUUAUCAUUGUCUAAGAGGAGACUAUCAAAGCUUUGUAGGCUGCAGUAGCUGACUAACUCUGGUAAGUGCACCACCACAUUUACUUCAUAAUCCCUGGACAUGAGACAUCCAAAGAAAAUGAACGUUGCCACACAACGUCAUCAACUUCAAACAUCCAAGCAAGAAAAAACAUGUUAAUGAUGGCUGUAUGAAUUGUGAAUUUCAAUUUCACUUAAUUUUGCCUUUUUAAAACCUUACUUUCAUUUCCUUCUACAGCUGCAUUAAUUUGCAACUUUAAAGAAAAAUGCGUAAUUUCAGACACAUUUUUGGACAAACUUUAAUAGAUAUGAUUUUAGAUGGCAUUUAUACAAUUUUUUUGCAAGUGAUUUUUUCCCCAAUGUGAUUUUUUUUAAUAAUCUGAUAUGGUAUUAUAAAUGCUUGACAUAUAUUUUUUCAGUUGAAACCUAUAGUAUUUGUAAGAAUGCAUUUGGGGAGAGUACUAAUUUCAUAACUGACAUCACUGUUUAGGGCACUGUUAAAAAACUGAACAUAAGUCCCAACAAAGGCUGUCUUUGAUAGGCCUGUCUUCUUAUUCUGAACAUAUUU